AUGCCGCCCCCUGCGAAAGCCCCCCGAAAGGAGAACCUGGGGCUGCAGUGUGAGUGGGGGUCCUGCUCCUUUGUGUGCUCAGCCAUGGAGGAGUUCUUCGAGCAUGUCACUCAGCACCUGCAGAAGCACCUGCACAGCUCGGGGGAGGAGGAGGAAGAAGAGGAGGAGGACCUGCUGGGGGAAGAGUUCUCCUGCUUAUGGCAGGAGUGUGGCUUUUGUUCUCUGGACAGUUCUGCCGACCUUGUCCGCCACGUCUACUUCCACUGCUACCACACGAAGCUGAAGCAGUGGGGGCUGCAGGCCCUGCAGAGCCAGGCCGACCUCAGCCCUUGCAUCCUGGACUUCCACAGUCGCAACAUCAUCCCGGACAUCCCGGACCACUUCCUGUGUCUGUGGGAGCACUGUGAGAGAUCCUUCGACAAUCCUGAGUGGUUCUACCGGCACGUGGAGGCGCACAGCCUGUGCUGUGAAUACAAAGUCGUUGGCAAGGACAACCAUGUGGUGCUGUGUGGCUGGAAAGGCUGCACCUGCACCUUCAAGGACCACUGUAAGCUUCGAGAGCACCUCCGCAGCCACACCCAGGAGAAGGUGGCGGCCUGCCCCACCUGCGGGGGCAUGUUUGCCAACAACACCAAGUUCUUAGACCACAUCCGUCGCCAGACCUCACUGGAUCAGCAGCGCUUCCAGUGCUCUCACUGCUCCAAGAGGUUUGCCACUGAGAGGCUGCUUCGAGACCACAUGCGUAACCAUGUGAACCACUACAAGUGCCCUCUGUGCGAUAUGACCUGUCCCCUGCCAUCUUCCCUCCGCAACCACAUGCGCUUUCGCCACAGCGAGGACCGGCCCUUUAAAUGCGACUGUUGUGACUACAGCUGCAAGAAUCUGAUCGAUCUCCGGAAGCACCUGGAUACCCACAGCAAGGAGCCAGCCUACAAGUGUGAUGUUGAGAACUGCACCUUCAGCGCCCGAGCCCUCUGUUCCGUCAAGUCCCAUUUCCGGAAAGUGCAUGAAGGUUACUCAGAGCCAAGGUACAAAUGCCACGUGUGUGACAAAUGCUUCACCAGGGGUAACAACCUCACUGUGCAUCUUCGAAAGAAGCACCAGUUCAAGUGGCCCUCAGGGCACCCCCGUUUCCGAUACAAGGAGCAUGAGGACGGCUACAUGCGGCUGCAGCUGGUUCGCUAUGAAAGUGUGGAACUGACACAGCAGCUGCUGCGGCAGCCACAGGAGGGCUCGGACCUGGGAGCGUCCCUGAACGAGAGCGGCCUGCAGAGCAUCAUUCUAGAAACAGUGCCCGGGGAGCCAGGGCCCCAGCCAGAGGUGGAAGAGGAGGGCGGAGGUGGUGAGGACAGCCUCUCGGCCUCUCAGGACACCUCCAGUCCUGUCAUCCACGUGGUGAAUCAGGCCAAUGCCCAGGAGAUUGUCUACUAUGUGCUGUCCAAAGGCCCCGGAGAGUCCCACUCCAGCCCCUGA